AAAGUACCUUAUUGAUGUAUCGAACAGAUGCAUAACAUGGGGGUAGAGUGCUUCUCCUCUCCCUUGAAUGAAUACUGCCCUCCGGUACACGUCGAGUAAACUUCAUCCUCGGGAGAAAAUGUAGAACUUUCAUCCCUUGUUAUACAUAUCGCUAUUUUUAGCGUUGUCAGUUCAGCGCCUUUGUGGAGAAGUGAUGGAAAGCAAACGGUUCCCCACGUCUUCUACUACGGAUGAUCUCCGGGAGUUGCUAGACACUGUGAUGGGAGAAUCCAGCAUCAGUUCAUCAGUUGCAUACACUGCUCGGCAUUCAGAAGAUCUAAGCAAGUUUGCCUCGCGCGUGCUUUUUGUGUUCAAUGUCCAUCUCGUAGUGCUCUGAUUUUUGCGACAUGGGUCCCGAUAUUUUUUGUCAAAUUUUCGUUUUCAUCGGAAUCAUCGUUACAUAUACCAGUGGCGUAGAUGGAAUAAAUUCACAUAUAAGAGGAAGAUCAAGACAUAACUCCAAAAUACACCGAUCUCAUCCACGACUAAGCCACGAUAGACUGAAAACCAUAUCGAAACACGUACUCAGAACCUUCGACACAUCCUGUAUUCAUAUUCCUCUACCGAAUAUACCGAAUGGAAAAGUAUUCAAAAUCCACAAGAGGAAAACUUACAUGGAAAACAUGAAAACCAAGGACUAUCUAAUAGCAGAAUUCAGGUGUCAGAAGGGCUAUAUGUUUGUGAAUAAACAACGACAUGGAAAUAUGUUCUGUAGCAAGAGUAAAUGGAUUGGAAAGAAACCAGUGUGUGAAAAAUCAGUUAAAGGUUUCAUGUUACAGAACGACGCAGCAAUUUCAACAUUUUCUUUGCCCGUUCGUGUACAAAAAUGUCCACCAGAUCAUAAAAUACGAUGUAAACAUCUUUGUUACAUCUUGGAUGGUGAACCAACCUGUGGGUGUCCAACUGGUUUUCGAGAAGUAGGAAACGAUUGUCUAGACAUCAACGAAUGCGAAUCCGACAACGCUGGCUGCCACCACGGCUGCACCAACACCCUAGGAUCCUACAGCUGCUCCUGCCCCGAAGGUUAUCGCCUAUCCUUCGACUCCAAGGCCUGCGAGGACGUCAACGAGUGCCACCUGAGGAACGGCCACGGGCCGUGCCAGGACACGUGCCGGAACACCGUCGGAUCGUACGAGUGCGGCUGCGCGACCUUGAACGGGACGCGACUGGCGGGAGACAGGCACACCUGCGCGGACAUCGACGAGUGCGUCGAAGGUGGCGCUGGAUGCUCGCACGCGUGCGUCAACACGAUGGGCAGGGCCUACUGCGUGUGUCCGGAAGGGAUGCGGAUCGGGGAGGACUUGAAGACCUGCGAAGAUAUCAACGAAUGUGAAGAUCCUAAAAUCAAGGCCCAAUGUCCUUCCGGCUGCCUAAAUUUCAUUGGAUCCUAUUAUUGUCCCACUGUCUCCGACGAAUAUCUUUUGGCAGACGAACCAAGUAAAGAAAGCAAUCGAGUGGAUGAGAACGAUGACGAUGAAUAUGAAGACUACGAAGAAGGAGAUUAUGAUGACGAUUACGAUGAAGGGAAAUCUGAAGGAGAAAAGAAUAGUACCAAGUCCUUGGAUCCCGUAUUAGAGAAAGAAUCUAUGAUAUCCGUAAUAGAGAAUGAGAAUAACAAUGACAAAACCAUAACAGGAAAUAGGGAUAAAACUAAAACUGAAUCAGCUAAAAACAAUACAUCAAUUGAUGUUAUUGAACAAAGAAUACAAGUAACUGAAUCUGAUAAAUCAGUUGAAUCUGAUAAAUCAGUUGAAUCUGGAAAUUAUCGAAGGACUGAUUCAAAAGAGAAUGCUGAAGAUUCUGACUCCUAUGACGACGAAGAUUAUGAAGGAAGCGAUUAUGAGGACGAGUAUGAUGAAGAUGGAAAAUCGAAUAUUUCUGAAGAAACUACCACUCAACGAAGUAUUCCAACUGCGUCCACUCAGUCUAUUGCAAGCACGAUCACUACUAGAACUCCAUCAAGUACAAAUAAGCUAGGUUUAGAUGUAUCUAAAGAAAUUGGUAACGAUAUUCCUAACAAAAUUGAUGACAAGGUAGACUCAGAAAAAAGUAGCGAAUCUACAAGUUCAAUACCAUUUACAAUGAAUACUAUCACGACUACUGCAAUCAAUUCUGUUGAAGGUGUAAGUAUUAGCAAUAUAUUGGAUACGAUUCAGAAUAGAAUCUACUUGAAAGAAAAAACUGAUGAAACUGAUGAGAGAAACACAAAAAAUAUCGAAGAAGACGAAGACAAUUAUGAUGAUGAUUACGAUGGAGAAAAUGCUACUAAUAUUGGUAGAACCAAUCUUCUUGAGAAUGUAAUAGGAAAUAAUGUGAGCGCGUAUAUGAACGAAACAAAUUACGAAAUGAAGAAUAAAUCUGAUACAGGAAAUGAAAAUACUCUCUAUGAUGAAACUGAAGAGCUGACUAACCCGAAAUUAGAAGCAUCAUCAACAUAUUCGACAACCACCAGUCUAGAUGUAUUGGAAAUUAAUAACUCAGACGACUCCAACGAGAAAAAAAAUGACACUUUCAAUUAUCAUGGGAAAGAAAAUAGGUACAUCACGGGAAAAUCUAUAGUACAAGAUAUUAUUGAAACUAAUGAUAUAUUUGAGACCGACCAUAACCAAGCGAAUAAAACUGAUGAUGUGGUUGAAAAACAAUCUGAAAUAGAUGAGGAAUACGAUGAAGAUGAUUAUGAAGAUUAUGAUGAAACAACUACUGCCGAAGCAUCUGUGAAAUAUAGCAAAAUCAAUACCAUAAUGGAGAUAACAACACCAACUACUGUAACUCCUGGUAUUAUAUCGAAAAUUUCAACAGAAUCUAGUGACGGAUUGGACACUGAUAGCAUCAACCUUAACAGGCGUGUUUAUGAGGAAGAAAAAGAAGGCAUUACCCCAGCUAACACCCUAGUGGACGUGAUUGACAAAGGGGAGGUGGAUGAAUAUACAACUGAACAAAUAGAUAAUCGUGCCCCUGAAAAUGAACAUAACAACCAGAACUAUGACGAAGAUAUUAUAAUAACAGUGAAACCAUUGAAAGAAAAAGAUUUGGAGGAUAUCACCACAACUGACAGAGUAUCAUCAAAAACUUCGACUAUACGAUCACUUGGGAAUGAAAUCGACAAUCACAUUAUAUCUACUGAAGAGAAUCUGAAAGAAUCUGGUGCAUCAACAGAUAGAAGUAGCACCGAUGAAAAUUCCCCUGGAAGAAGAAAACCUUCCGAUGAUAAUUAUGACUACGAUGACGAUGAUGAAUACGAAGAAUACGAGGAUUCAAAGACAGAAGAAAGCGAAAUAGUUAACAAGGAAAUUAAAAAAUGUGAAGAGGGAUAUAAACUCGAUGAGCAGGAUGAAUGCACAGAUAUCGAUGAAUGCAACCCAGACACCAACCCAUGUUCAGAUACUUGUCAAAAUACUCCUGGUAGCUACAUCUGCAGCUGUCCCAGUGGCUUCAGACUAUCACCAGCAGAUUCCCACAUAUGCCAAGAUAUCGACGAGUGCCAGGACAAUCCUUGUUCUCAUACUUGCAUCAACUCGGAAGGUUCCUAUAAGUGUGAUUGUCCCAAAGGGCUCACCCUACAGAACACAACUUCUUGCGUUAACCUGACGUGCUCUCAUGGCGAGACCAAGAUAAACGGCAAAAUCCAGUGCACUUGCCCUUCUGGAUACGUCUUGGGAUUCGACAACAGGACCUGCGAGGACGUCAACGAAUGUCUUCUCAUCAACGACUGUGCGCACAGUUGUCACAAUACCGACGGUUCUUACGUAUGCAGUUGCAGACAAGGUUACGUUCUGGAAAAUGAGAGGUUAUGUAUAGAUAUUGAUGAAUGCCAGGGGAAUCAUGGUUGCCCACACGAUUGCGUUAACGCGCCAGGCAGUUUCAAAUGUGCUUGUCGUGAAGGUUACGAAUUUGUCAAUGCAACAAAUAGUUGUGUGGAUAUUGAUGAAUGCGACGUGACAAGAGAUCUGGACGAAUGUAAUCAAAUUUGUAUAAAUUAUGAAGGAGGGUAUGAGUGUGAGUGUAGAACUGGAUACGAAUUAGGGUCAGAUGAUGCUACUUGCGAAGAUAUCAAAGAAUGUGCCGUCAAUAAUGGUAAUUGCAGUCAAAUUUGUGAAGAUCUCCCAGGAUCAUAUGCAUGCAAAUGCAUCGAAAAUUAUGCAUUGAACGAAGAUAGAAGAACUUGUAGGAUUGUGGACCCUUGCUUGGUAGAAAAUGGAGGUUGCUCUCAUCAUUGUUUCAAUAUCAAUGGUUCAAUCAGGUGUAGCUGUCCAGAAGGAUAUGAACUGACCUUGGACCAAAAAACUUGUACCCAGAUCAAUCCUUGUACCAUAAGAAAUGGUGGUUGCUCCCACUUCUGUGAGUUUGUUGAUGGUCAUGCGAACUGCAUGUGUCCAGAACUUUAUACCCUUCAAAAUAAAACACAUUGUGCUGAAGUUAACCCAUGUUGGGAAAAUAACGGGGGCUGCUCACAUAUUUGUCGCUUCGAAGACCACAAACAAUCUUGUUUAUGUCCAUUAACCCAUGAACUUCAAAACAGGACUCACUGCCUGGAGAAGAAUCCAUGUUUGACUGAGAAUGGUGGUUGUUCGGAUACCUGUAACUUCUCUAAAGGAAUUCUGAGCUGCAGCUGCCCAAAAGAUUAUUAUCUAGAGGGAAAGACUUGCUACAAGAGUGAUCCUUGUUUGAUUGGAAACGGAGGAUGUUCUCAUGAUUGUUUCUCGGAUGAAGAUGGGAAUGUCAAGUGCUUGUGUCCACAAAACUUUGUUCUUCAGAAAAAUCAGAAAAUUUGCAUUCCUCAAGAUCUCUGUCUAUUGAAUAAUGGCAAUUGUUCUCAUUCAUGUGACUCUAGCAAUAAUCAAGUCACUUGUUCUUGUCCAGAAGGUUUUCAGCUGCAAAAUAAAACUCAGUGUGUUCAAUCCAAUCCAUGUUCAACAAAUAACGGGGGUUGUUCAGAUAUUUGUGAAAAUUUCUUUGGUACAGUGAAAUGUGCUUGUCCAGACAAUUAUGCAUUGGAGGAUAACAACAACUGUGUCAUAAUAGACAACUGUUUGGAAGAUAACGGAGGGUGCUCCCACUUCUGCAAAACAGUUGAUAAACAAAUACAAUGUUCAUGUCCUGACCGUUACAACCUCGUGAACCAAACAAAAUGCAUACCACUCAAUCCCUGCUUCAUAAACAAUGGUGGUUGUUCUCAUGAAUGUUCCGCAGAAGGUAACAAAGUAACUUGCUCGUGUCCAGAAGGUCAUGAACUAGAAGGUAAAAAAUGCAUCUUGAUCAACCCCUGCGACCACAAAAACGGUGGAUGUUCCCAUGUUUGUACCAGCAUCAAUGGCUUGAUGGCUUGUAAGUGUCCUCCUGGGUUCGAACUCAUCAACAAGACAUGCUUCAAGAAGAAUCCCUGUUCGAUUAAUAAUGGAGGAUGUUCGCACGGUUGUACCAAUGUUAGAGGCCAAGCAAAAUGCUCCUGUCCGCCGGGAUACAAACUGUUCGCAAAAAUGUGCCUGGACGAUGAUCCUUGUAAGAAGAACAACGGUGGGUGUUCCCAUAUCUGCCAGAAUCAGCAAGGCAAGAGAGAAUGUUCUUGUCCUCCCGGGUAUCUUCUCAGGCCGAAUAGAAGAGUUUGCAAGGAAGUGAAUGAGUGUAGGGUAAACAGAGGAGGCUGUUCACAUGGAUGCAAAAAUUUACCAGGGUCUUACCAAUGUACUUGUCCCCAUGGUCUAAAACUGGACCAAGUCAACAACAAAACCUGUGUUGACAUUGAUGAAUGCCGAAUUGAUAAUGGAAAGUGUGAGAUGAUAUGUAGGAAUUUCAAAGGAGGGCAUAAAUGUGAUUGUCCUGAAGGAUACACUUUACAGAAAGAUAAACGUUCAUGUAGACUGGGAGUUGUGACGCAAUGCAAAGUUCCUCUGGCUCCCAAGCAUGGAGUCAUGAGGUGUUCUGAUCAAAUUAUGGAACAUGGUACCUUGGUACCAAGUGGAACAAGAUGCAAUUUUUGGUGUAAUGAGGGUUACAAGCUCAAAGGAAGAUCUCCACGACACUGUAGCAGUACAGGAGAAUGGGAAAGUGAUGAACCCAAAUGUAUUGUCGCAACUUGCCCAAAAUUGCCUCCAAUCAAGAAUGGAUGGUACUUGCCUGGAGUUUGUAAUUCAGGAAGGACAUAUUCUGGAGAAUCCUGCGAGAUUUAUUGCAGGAAAGGAUUCAAACCUAGACAAGAUAUUGAAAAAUACGUUUGUGAUGCCAAUAUGCAGUGGAUGCCUAACGUCAGAAUAGAAAACCUACAAGAUGCUUGCAUCAGUGGUUUACCCAAUAUCCAUCUCAAGUGUCCCAGGAAUGGACACAUUGAAUUCAUAUUACCAGAAGGUCAACGACAUAUGCUGGUGAAGAUUCCAAGGCCAGAAACCAGUGUUGAUUGGACGUAUGUGACAUCUCAGCCAUCUUGGGGUACCCGAUUGGAAACUACUUUACCGGCAGGACGAACAGAGGUUCGUUUCACAGCUGUAUCACCAAAUGACUUCAAUACCACUGCCUCCUGUCAUUUGGUCAUCAACGUAUUGGACAAAGAAUUACCCAAAGUGAUGGACUGUCCCAGUAAUAUCGAGAGGAGUUUAUCUCGAGGUCAAAAUAUGCAAGUCAUCCAUUGGAGAGAACCAAUAUUUAGUGACAACGUAGGAGUUGCUACAAUAUACAAAUCAAGGGAUCCAGGUGGUGAAUUUGGAUUGGGACUACAUCAUAUCACUUACGUGGGAAGUGAUGAAGCUGGAAAUAGGGCUUUCUGUCACUUUAGCAUCAAUAUUCGAGACGAUCUGGAAUUGGAAGAAUCUAAUUCUGUUCAACAAUAUUCUUCAACAUAUACAAACCAUAACUCAGCUGGAAAAUACAGAGCUGUCUUGAUUUGUCCAAGUGGAGUACAGUACAUGUCAAAUCCUCCUGAUAGUUACAAUAAUAUGCUAACAAGUGAAGCUGGUUGUUACUGGAGGCAUGUCAAAGUAACUAGACCGAUGCAGCCACAAAGUUUCAAAGUUCCUAAAGUUUAUACUGAAAGUAGACUUCCUUCAAAUAUGAAGAGUAAUAGAAGAGUAUUUUUCAAAUGGAAUAGAUAGAUUGAAAAUUAUAUUUGGAGUAGUUAUUUUUAUCGCAUUUUAAAUUGAUGAAGCCCUAAACUGCCAUAAAAUAAGUGUUUUCGACAUUUUAUAAAUGUUACCUAUUCGAUAAUUUGGAGGAUUUUGUAUUUUGUUUUAUAC